CCGUGAGAGAGGCCCCGAGGCUCCUCGUCUCGGUGUCUCCGUCUCGGGUGUGCGGUCUUGUGCGGUCUUCGUGUGGUGCGGAGCGAGGCCCAGGCCGCCCCAGCUCGAGGUCCGCGUCGCCAUGGCCGCGGUUCCCGAGGUGCUGCAGCAGCAGGAGGAGGACCGCAGCAAGCUGAGAUCUGUGUCUGUAGACCUGAACAUUGAUCCCUCACUUCAGAUCGACAUACCUGAUGCACUCAGUGAGCGAGAUAAGGUCAAAUUUACAGUGCACACUAAGACCACACUGCCCGUGUUUCAGAGCCCAGAGUUUUCUGUUACAAGGCAACAUGAAGACUUUGUGUGGUUACACGACACACUUAUUGAAACAACGGACUAUGCUGGACUUAUUAUUCCUCCAGCUCCUACAAAACCAGACUUUGAUGGCCCUCGAGAGAAAAUGCAGAAACUGGGAGAGGGGGAAGGGUCUAUGACCAAAGAAGAAUUUGCCAAGAUGAAACAAGAACUAGAAGCUGAGUAUCUAGCUGUCUUUAAGAAGACUGUGUCCUCCCAUGAAGUCUUUCUUCAGCGACUUUCAUCUCAUCCUGUUCUUAGUAAAGAUAGAAACUUCCAUGUGUUUCUGGAAUAUGAUCAAGAUCUAAGCGUCAGACGGAAAAAUACCAAAGAGAUGUUUGGUGGCUUUUUUAAAAGUGUUGUAAAAAGUGCUGAUGAAGUCCUUUUCUCUGGAGUUAAGGAGGUAGAUGACUUCUUUGAGCAAGAAAAGAAUUUCCUCAUUAACUAUUACAACAGGAUCAAGGAUUCCUGUGCUAAAGCAGACAAAAUGACCAGAUCUCAUAAAAAUGUUGCUGAUGACUAUAUCCACACUGCUGCCUGUUUGCAUAGCCUGGCCUUAGAAGAGCCCACUGUCAUCAAAAAGUACCUGUUGAAAGUUGCUGAACUAUUUGAAAAACUUAGGAAAGUAGAGGGACGAGUCUCAUCAGAUGAAGAUUUAAAGCUGACAGAGCUACUCCGAUACUACAUGCUCAACAUAGAGGCCGCAAAGGAUCUCUUAUACAGGCGCACCAAAGCCCUCAUUGACUAUGAAAACUCAAAUAAAGCUUUGGACAAGGCCCGAUUAAAAAGCAAAGAUGUCAAGUUGGCUGAGGCACAUCAGCAGGAAUGCUGCCAGAAAUUUGAACAGCUUUCUGAAUCUGCAAAAGAAGAACUAAUAAAUUUCAAGCGGAAGAGAGUAGCAGCAUUUAGAAAGAACCUAAUUGAAAUGUCUGAACUGGAAAUAAAGCACGCCAGAAACAAUGUCUCCCUCCUGCAGAGCUGCAUUGACUUAUUCAAGAACAACUGAUCUGCCUUGCUCUUAAGGAAGGAAACAAAUGUGAAAGCCAGCAUCACUUGCACUUAAAUCAUUACCACAGAAGAUAAAUAGCCUUGACUUUAGUUUAAAAUUGUGAAUAAAUAAUAUUGAUUUCUAAAAAUCUUAACACUUAA